AAAAAAAAAAAAAAUACACAUGAGCCAUCUUGCAGAAUGCCAUAAUCCAGACAAGUUCAUCGUCUUGUUUUUGUGGUACUGUUGCUAACUGUGUUUUUACCACACAACAGACAAGUUCAUCGUCUUGUUCAUUUCCAUUUCCCUUCCUUAUGGUUCAACAGCUACCAUCACUAAUUUAACUCUAUACAAGAAAUACACCAAGCAAACAAAGAUUGAAUGAUGGGAGAUGAUAACAGCAGCUUCUUGUUCAUCAUCUCUGUUACCCUCUCUCCAGUCUCUCCCCGGCUUUCUCUUCAAGUCCAGAACUUUCUUCUACUUCCAUCAAAUUCAGAACCCACAACGUUUCUGCAAACUCUUCACCCAGAAAAGAUUUCACAACGCUCUUCUUUCUCCCCAGUCCUCUGUCCAAUUUCCCUCACAUCCAAAUCCAGACAUUCUUCUUUCAUAUCUAAUUUCUGCUGUAAGCUCCUGCUCUUCAAUCUCCUAUUGCCGUGCAAUUCACUCCUGCGUCAUCAAAUCUUUCAAUUAUACUGAUGGGUUCAUUGGCGAUCAGCUUGUUUCUUGUUAUACUAGAUUGGGUCGUGCAGAUGAUGCACGCAACUUGUUCGAUGAAAUGCCCAACAAGGACUUGAUCUCCUGGAAUUCUUUAAUUUCGGGGUUUUCACGAAGAGGGUAUGUAGAUAAAUGCUUGGAUGCAUUUUUUAGGAUGAAAUUUGAAAUGGGAAUAGAAACCAAUGAGGUUACACUUAUAUCUAUAACCUCUGCUUGUGCUAGCAGGGGAGCUGUUGAUGAAGGAAAGUACAUUCAUGGCUUUGCACUGAAAUUGGGUGUGCUGUGGGAAGUUAAGCUUGUUAAUUCUCUUAUUAAUUUGUAUGGAAAGUCAGGCUAUUUGGAUGCAGUUUGUCGAUUGGUUGAGACAAUGCCUGUAGGGAAUAUAGUAUCAUGGAAUUUAAUGAUUGCAUCUCAUGCUCAAAAUGGGACUGCAGCAGAUGGAGUGGGUUAUUUUAAUCUCAUGAGAAGGGCUGGAAUGAAUCCUGAUGAUGGCACUGUGCUGUCCUUGCUUGAAGCUUGUGAGAAUCUAGGUUUACAGAAACUAGCAGAGGGUGUCCAUGGUUUGAUAACGAAAUGCGGUCUCUAUGCAAAUGCCACAGUUGCAACUGGACUGCUAGAUUUGUAUGCAAAGUUGGGGAGAUUAAAUUAUUCACUGAAGGUUUUCGGGGAGGUAAAUAAUCCCGACAAAGUAGCUUGGACUGCAAUGCUUGCAGGCAAUGCUGUGCAUGGGAAUGGGAGAGAAGCAAUGGAGCUCUUUGAAGGCAUGGUUAAGGUGGGUGUGGAGCCUGAUCACGUCACUUUCACUCAUUUGCUAAGUGCUUGUAGCCAUUCAGGGCUUGUCAAGGAGGGAAAGAAUUACUUCGACAUUAUGUCUCAAGUUUAUGGAAUUGAGCCUAGGUUGGAUCACUAUUCAUGCAUGGUUGAUCUCCUGGGUCGCUCUGGGCUUCUGAAUGACGCUUAUGAGCUGGUUAAACGUAUGCCGUUGAAGCCAAACUCUGCCGUUUGGGGGGCCCUUUUCGGUGCUUGUAGGGUUUAUGGCAACAUUGAACUUGGGAAGGAAGUAGCAGAGAGAUUAUUUUCUUUGGACCCAUCAGAUUCCAGAAACUAUAUCAUGCUAUCAAAUAUGUACUCUGCAGCUGGUUUGUGGAGAGAUGCUUCAAAAGUGAGGGCUUUGAUGAAGGAGAAAGGUCUCAUCAGAAACCCUGGAUGCAGUUUUAUCGAACAUGGAAAUAAAAUUCAUAGAUUUGCUGUGGGUGAUCGAUCUCAUCCGGAGUCAGAGAAGAUAUACACCAAAUUGGAAGAAGUGAUAGGAAAGAUUCGGGGGGCUGGAUUCGUGUCGAAAACGGAGUUUAUUCUUCAUGAUGUUGAACAGGCAGUGAAAGAAGAUAUGAUCAGUAAGCACAGUGAGAAACUAGCCAUUGCAUUUGGGCUUCUGGUGACUAAUGCUGGCAUGCCAAUAAUUAUUACUAAGAACCUUAGAAUCUGUGGUGACUGUCACAGCACUGCAAAACUCAUAUCCUUCAUCGAGAAGCGAACUAUCAUAAUUCGAGACUCUAAGCGGUUCCACCAUUUUGCCGCCGGCAUAUGCUCUUGUGGAGAUUAUUGGUGAUCCUCUGCGUUAUUAGCUUUAUGGUGAUUCUGCACAUGAUAUUUGUACAAGUCUCGUGUUUCGGAUAUUUGUGAGAGAAGCGUUGUAUGCAUAAUUCCCCAGUUGUAAGGAAGAAUGUAUGUAAUGUAUUGAUUGAUUUGAAGAAUGCUCACAGAAUAUAUAUUGAUUGAUCUGAGGUUGUGUGAGCAUGGUAUACCUCUGUAUACUAAUGGAUGGCAUCGUGUGCAUAUCUCCUUUUGUAUAGGCUGGUAGAGAUGAAGAAGAAGAUGGUGAGAUUAUA